AUGAAAGGCAUCCACUCACUUGUUGGACUUCUACUCCUCACCAUCGUUCAAAGCAGCUGGGAGGUCCCAUUACAUGAAGACAACACCAGCACUGAAACAGAAACCACAUUACUCAAAGAAAGCGAGGACUUCCCCUAUGUGAAAAGACAUUCAGAGGGGACCUUCUCAAAUGACUACAGCAAAUACCUGGAGACAAGAAGGGCACAGGACUUUGUGCAGUGGUUGAUGAACUCAAAGAGAAGUGGAGGCCCUGCAAAACGUCACGCUGAUGGAACUUACACAAGCGAUAUCAGCUCGUACCUGCAGGACAAGGCUGCCCAAGACUUUGUCUCCUGGCUGAAAUCUGGACAACAGAAACGAGAACCUACGGCGGACAUAUGGGAAAGCACAAUGCAGAGGAGACACGUAGAUGGCAGUUUCACCAGUGAUGUGAACAAAGUUCUAGACAGCAUGGCAGCAAAGGAGUAUUUACUGUGGGUUAUGAACUCACAACCAUCAGGAGCAAGGUGGUGUGACUUCGGCCUUAUGGACAGUGGAGAGGGCAUCACUGACUGA